GGAGCGGGUUACUACAGCCACGGCUACUACGACGGCGAUGCCACUGCCAUGGCCGGUAACUUCUUCGUGGCGCCGGAGGAGCAGAUCAUGGCCGAUCCGGCUGGAUUCAUGGUCGAUCUGAACCUCCAGUUCGACGACCAGGACGACGGCGCCGGCACGUCGGCGGCGGCGUGCAAGAGGAAGUUCGGCGACCAGAACGGCACUCAGAGCGACGCGGUCACCGCCCCGAAGAAGAAGGCGCGCUCCACGGCACCACCGGUGCAGAGGAAGGGCAAGAGCAGCGCGCAGCCCAAGAAGGCUUCGAAGGGCUCGUGCAGCCGAGGCGCCCAGGAAGAGAGCAAUGGCGAGGCCACCAACAACGUGCAGAGCUCCAGCAACUACCUCUCCGACGAGGAGGGCUCGCUGGAGAUGACCUCCUGCAGCAACAUGAGCUCGGCGUCCAAGAAGACGUCGUCGUCGCGGGGUGACCACGGCGGCGGCGCCAAGGCGAGGGCCGGGCGCGGAGCGGCCACCGACCCGCAGAGCCUCUACGCCAGGCAGAAACGUAGAGAAAAGAUCAACGAGCGGCUGAAGGUGCUGCAGAACCUCAUCCCUAACGGAACCAAGGUGGACAUCAGCACGAUGCUGGAAGAAGCAGUUCACUACAUCAAGUUCAUGCAGCUCCAGAUCAAGCUUUUGAGCUCGGAUGACAUGUGGAUGUUCGCGCCGAUCGCCUACAACGGCUUCAACGUCGGCCUCGACCUCAAGAUCGCGCCGCCGCAGCAAUGAUCAGCUCUGGAGCCAACGAGGCUCGAGCAACUUUCUCGGCAGUUCAUAUGUGCAUUCGUGCACAAUGAUUCUUAAGUG